AUGGACGCCGCCGCCGCCCCUCCCCCGCCCCGCCCGGCGGAGGCCAAGCGGCCGGGCGGCCUGCUCAACCUGUUUGGCCUGGGAGACAUCAGAUUAGGGCCGCAGCAGCCGCCGCCCGCGGGUCCGCCCUCGCAAGUGCCCAAGGUUGCGGCCGCAGCCGCCGCCGCCCCCGCGCCGGCCGGGCCCGCGCCCGAGCCAGAGCCUGCGGCGGCGCCGGCGGCCGCGGCGGCCGCUGACGUCAGCGCAAGCAGCGGCGGCUCCUCCAAGCCCAGCGCCGGCACCUUUGGAUCUGCGCCCGCCCCCGCCGCCCCCGCCGGGGCGCCCGCUGCCCAGGCGGCGCCGGCCGCCGUUGUCAAGCGCAUUCCUGCGGCGCCCGAGGCCACGGCCAAGGCGCGGCGGCGGGCGCGAUAG